AUGUCGAUGGGUGACGACGGCAUCCAUAAAAUCAUGCCUAUCACCACAGAUUUAGUCUGUCUGCAAACCAGGUCUCAAAUCAUAUUCUUGAACCCAAAGACAACACAACUUGCAUCGAUUGAAUGGCCAUAUGAUGUCCCUCUCAGCAAUUGUGAAACAGCAUUUGGAUUCGUGUACUGGCGUGUAGACAAACUAUCCUCUGAAAUAGCAACACCUCAAGAGUUGCUGGUCGUGUUUGACUACCACACUCAACAAUUCCAAACCAUAAACUGCCCUCCAUCUCCAAUCUUCUUUAACCCCACUGAUCCUUAUCAUAUGAAUCUCCAAGUGAAAAUAUUGGACUUCCAAGGGACUUUGUGUGUAAUAGAUGAGUACCACAUUACUCAGAAUCAUCACUGUCAGAUGUGGGCAUGGGAUCCAGAUACUUCCACAUGGGAUUGCAUGUUCAAGACCAAUGAAUUCCCAAAUGUGAACACACAUGUUCCACACGGAUUACAGUUCCGCCAUGAUUGGCUUUAUCCAGUGUUUCUAAGCCGCAAAUCAUCUCCAGCGGGACAGUUCAUUAUCAAAGGAUACGAUAAUCGACAUUUGCUGUUGUAUAGUGUUCCUACCAGGAAAAUCACACACUCAAGUACAUCGUUGGAUCUAGAAACCAGUUUCAUCAUUACAACAUGUUACUUCUGGGAGACAUUAACACACUUUUGA